AUGGUUCAGUUCACAAGAGAGUUCUCUUUUUGCGACUCCUUGUACCUUUGGGAGAUGAUGUGGGCUUUAGAGUAUGACCCGGAGAUGUAUUCUCUGUACGAGGAGCUUGAGUUCGAGGGCGAGAAAACGGAAGGUUCCUCAAAAGGUAAACCAAAACUGAUAAAACAAUGUGGCAAGUACAAGAGAGAGAACAUGAAGAACGAUGGAAAAGCCAAUGCAGAAGGUCCUUUGCCUAUAUCGGUUUUCUUAGUGGCUAGUGUUUUGAAAGACAAGAGUUCUAAGCUUAUGACUGAAGCUCGAGGACUCGAUGAUGUUGUCAAGAUCUUAAACGACAUAACCGGAAACUUGGGUUCUAAGAAAGCAUGCUCUGUUACAAUGAAACUUCACAAGAAGUAUCUAAAGAAGGUUUAUUUCUAA